AUGGAGACCCUCCGGAGAAGCCUUUCCCGGUGGAAGAAGUACCACAUCAAAGUCCAUGUGGCCGAAGAGGACGUCCUCCUCCCGCUGACCGUCCGGCCCACCAACACCAUGAUGGACCUGCGGGCCCUCUUGGUCAAGGAGGGCAUCACCUCUUGGAAAAAGACGUUUUAUUACAACGCUCAGCAGCUGGCGGAGGACGAAACGGUGAAAGAGGCCAAGAUCCAAAACGGUUCUGUUCUUCUACUCAUCAAUGACAAAAGGUAG